UUCGACAAAGUGGAUAGGGAAGAACAAAUAAGAAAGCCCAGCAGAUAUGGCAGCCAUGUCGAUGUCUAUACAACCGCAACCCUUCUUCAAUGCGAAUCUCCUCUUCUCUUCUCAUCAUUGCUCUGCUUCCAUUAUCAAUUGGGGAUUUCGAAAAAAUCAAGAUGCUAGUCUAAAUAUCAGUAGAACCAAGGGUCAAGCAUUUCGAAUCUUGGCCAAUCCUAAUGUAUGAACAACCCAGGGCUUCCUCAUGUUUAAUGCCAGUAUAUUUGGUUUGAUUAUGAUCAAAGGUUUUGUAGGUUUCUUCAGGGAAAGGAGAUUCACCUAAUAACGUGACCAUGGUUGACCCUUUGGAAGCCAAACGAUUAGCUGCAAAGCAGAUGGAGCAAAUUAAAGCGAGAGAGAAGUUGAAGAGACGACGCCAAAUUGAAGCAAUUAAUGGAGCAUUUGCAAUGAUUGGACUCACAGCAGGCUUAGUUAUUGAAGGUCAGUCCGGAAAAGGCAUUCUACAACAGUUGGCCGAUUAUUGGUUUGCGAUCAUCCACUUCUUUGUACGUUAAGUCUGGUGGUUUGCGGAAAUUUUCCUAGAGAUCCAUUCUUGAACUAUUUAGCUGAAAUAAUAUCUGUAAGAUUAUCAAAUUGUUGAUGCUACAUCCUGUAUGAAUUUCUUGUUUCUUGUGAAAUUUACUUAAUGUGGCUACUCAUGUACUCGUACUGACAAGUUGAUAAUUCGUUAACAUAUCUCUGUACUGUAGCUGUAUUGAGUUCGACAUACGCUUCUCCAAGAAAGGUUUUCGAGGCCGGAUUCGCUCGACCGGUGAUGCUAUUUUGCCACUUAUACGUUGUAAAAAAAAAAAAAAAAAUUGUUCUGGAAAUUUCCAAAAAAUUAAAUGUUCAAGAAUGGAAUCCAGUAGAAUGUGUUGUGAAUGUGUUGCGAAUGGAGAAAAUGAAAAGAGAAAAAGCAAGUUGUUCUGCUCAGGAUCAAAAGAAACAGAGAUGCUAAUU